CUCCUGCUCAGGCCCAAAUCAUCCAUGCUGGGCAGGCAUGCGUGGUGAAGGAAGACAACAUUAGUGAACGUGUUUACACAAUUCGGGAGGGGGACACACUGGUCCUGCAGUGUCUGGUCACAGGACACCCCCGGCCACAGGUGAGAUGGACCAAAACCGCUGGCAGCGCAUCGGACAAAUUCCAAGAGACGUCAGUGCUUAACGAGACCCUUCGGAUUGAGAAGAUCCAAAGGCUGCAGGGGGGCCGUUAUUACUGUAAAGCAGAAAAUGGGGUUGGGGUCCCUGCCAUCAAGUCCAUUCGAGUAGAUGUGCAGUAUCUAGAUGAACCUGUUCUCACCGUUCACCAGACCAUCAGUGAUGUACGUGGCAGCUUCUACCAGGAGAAGACUGUCUUCCUCCGGUGCACUGUCAACUCCAACCCACCAGCUCGCUUCAUCUGGAAACGGGGAGCCGAGACACUUUCCCACAGUCAGGAUAAUGGCGUGGACAUCUAUGAACCCCUCUACACGCAGGGUGAAACCAAAGUCCUGAAGCUGAAGAACCUGCGACCUCAGGAUUACGCCAGCUACACGUGCCAAGUGUCUGUCCGCAACGUCUGCAGCAUCCCUGAUAAAUCCAUCACCUUCCAGCUCACAAACACCACAGCCCCACCAGCUCUGAAGCUGUCUGUCAAUGAGACACUGGUGGUCAACCCUGGUGACAACAUCACUAUGCAGUGCUCUCUCACGGGUGGUGACCCACAGCCAGAAGUGGUUUGGUCUCAUUCUCCUGGCCCAAUGCCCCUCAAUAGCCUUGUGCAAGGAGGCAACCUCAGCAUCUGGAGGAUCCAUGUGGAGGACUCUGGCUACUACAAUUGCACGGCCAUCAACAAUGUGGGGAACCCAGCAAAGAAGAUAGUGAACCUGCUGGUGCGGUCCAUGAAGAAUGCUACGUUCCAAAUCACCCCUGAUGUGAUCAAAGAGAGUGAGACCAUCCAGUUAGGUCAAGACUUGAAGCUUUCAUGCCAUGUGGAUGCUGUCCCCCAGGAGAAGGUUGUCUAUUCAUGGUACAAGAAUGGGAAACCAGCAAGAUACUCAGACCGGUUGCUCAUCACCCGAAAUGACCCUGAGCUCCCACCUGUGACCUGCAGCUUGGAGAUUAUUGACCUGAGAUUCAGUGACUAUGGCACCUACCUGUGUGUGGCUACCUUCCCAGGAGCACCCAUUCCUGACCUCAGUGUGGAGGUGAACAUCUCCUCAGAGACAGUGCCACCAACCAUCAGUGUCCCUAAAGGCCAAUCCACCAUCACCGUCCGGGAGGGCUCCAGGGCUGACCUGCAGUGCGAGGUUCGAGGGAAGCCCAAACCACCCGUCAUCUGGUCUCGGAUAGAUAAGGAAACCCCCAUGCCUUCAGGGACAAUGACGGUGGAGACAUACGAUGGGAAGCUGCGCCUGGAGAGUGUGAGCCGAGAAAUGAGUGGGACCUAUAAGUGUCAGACAGCCAGGUACAAUGGCUUUAACAUCAGACCCCGAGAAGCCGUGGUGCAGCUCAACGUGCAGU